UGAUGUCACUGAACCGAGUGCAUUUAGGAUGCUCAUCUCUCUAUUUGCUUCAUUUGGAAACAGAUAUAUGCAUAUAUAUUAUUAAUGGAUUCAAGGCGCUUUCCUUCCUAAGUAAUUUGGGUGUCUCUUUCCUCUGUUUUAGUCAAAUGUGGGACAGUAGUUACUUAAUUAGUUGAGUUGGAGUCAAUAAAGUAGGCUGUAUACCAGUGCAGUCUGGAUGGGAAGCCUUUGCAACUGAUAUCGUCCUCAAGCAGCUGAGCAUCAGAGCGUUUCCUCCCCCAGCCUAAACUUGCAAAAUGACCACAUCCAGCAGGCAAAGCUCUUCUACAUCUGUGGUCAACAACUUGGCAAAAAUGUUUGAUCCAAAUGCUUUGCAAAGCCAGAGGUCUGGUAAUACAAUGGAGCCCCCGCAGAUUCGUCGUGUUGUAAGCAGUGAUGUCAGCACUGAAAGUUUUAACGUCAUGGAUAUGAAGUUUGCCUUCCUUGAACAGAAAAUAGAUAAGCUGUUGAUGCUGCAAGACAACAUGCUUAAAAAACUGAACAGCAUUUCCCAAGAAAUCUAUUGCAUUGAAAAAGAUAUCGAGAUUGUAAAAGCAGAGACAUCUGAGCCUGGACUGAAAAUGGAAAGAAACAAAAAUCUGAGAAAUAAUCAAAUGAAGAGGCUUUGCCUUAAAAUGAAAAAAUCUCUUUCUGAUAUAAACAGGAAUGCAGAGCAGCAAGUUAAAAGACUGGAUGGACUGGAACAAAGCGUUUCUGCAAUACAGAAGCUUGUAGGGCCUCUGGCUGAGAAGGUUAAAGCAUUAAUAAUUCAUCAUUCAUGUGGAAAACAUCAUAUUCUAAAACGUAAGCUUUGCAAGGCAUGUGAUUAUACAAAAGCAGCUGGACGUGCUUUUGGGAUGCAGAUUUUCUCGGGGACAACAGCUGAUGCUCUGCUCAAGAAGAGGAGUGAAAAGGUCAUCAAAGAAAAGUUGCAUUUGAGUGAGACGGGAACAAAUUCUAUACAAGAGGAGGAACCACCAGAUUCAGCAGAGGGGGUCAUCCAGAACAGCCAGUCCUGUUGUCAUGAAGAACAAGUUGAUAAGCUCAACAAGGAAAAUGCUGAGAGGGAAAGUACUGUUCUGCUACAAAUGGAUUCUCCUGAAUCUCAUUCUGAAGAAAUAGAGGAGAAAGAAGAAAUAGCUUUUGAAAGCUGCUACAGGAGAAGCUCAGUACAGGAAGAAGAUGAUGUUGUUGAUGAUGCUUGUCAAAGGAUAACUGGGCAGGAGAUAGAGAGGGAGUCAGCAGAUGAGGAGACGAAGGAGGAACAUCAGGUGCCUGGAGCUGAAGAACAAGAAGAGAGGAUGAAUGAAGGGGAGGGAGUUGAUAGUUAUAAUGAAAAAGAGGAUGAGGAGCCAUCAGCAUCUUCCCAAAAUGAAGAUGAGGCAGGACAAAGCCAUGAUCAAGAGGCAUCGGAGGGAAUGUGUAAAGGCUGUGGAAAAGAUGAUACUUCUACUCCACCAGCACCAUUUGAUCACCGGAUUGUUUCAGCCAAAACGGUGGGCAUCAGCAGUUAUUAUAAUGUCAACAGGAAUGAAAUCUUGGGAGGAGGACGAUUUGGUCAGGUACACAAAUGUGAGGAGAAAGCAACAGGUCUCAAGCUAGCAGCUAAAAUUAUAAAAGCCAGAGGAGAUAAAGAGAAGAAUGAAGUAAAGAAUGAAAUCAAUGUCAUGAACCAGUUGAAUCAUGUGAAUCUUAUCCAGCUCUAUGACGCCUUUGAGUCAAAAAAUGACAUUGUCCUAGUCAUGGAAUAUGUGGAAGGAGGUGAAUUAUUUGAUCGAAUAAUUGAUGAGAACUGCAAUUUGACAGAGAUGGAUACUAUCUCAUUCAUAAAACAGAUCUGCGAGGGAAUUCAGUACAUGCACCAAAUGUACAUUCUUCAUUUGGAUCUAAAGCCUGAGAAUAUCCUGUGUGUGAACCGAUCUGCAAAUCAAAUAAAAAUUAUUGAUUUUGGAUUGGCAAGAAGAUAUAAACCCAGGGAAAAACUUCGAGUAAACUUUGGGACUCCAGAAUUUCUUGCCCCUGAAGUUGUGAAUUAUGAAUUUGUCUCCUUUCCUACAGACAUGUGGAGUGUAGGAGUCAUUGCUUACAUGCUCCUCAGUGGAUUGUCUCCUUUUUUGGGUGACGAUGACAACGAGACUCUCAACAAUAUCCUGGCCUGCAGCUGGGAUUUUGAAGAUGAGGAGUUUCAAGAUGUUUCUGAGCAGGCCAAAGAUUUCAUCUCAAAGCUUCUCAUUAAGGAAAAAUGCUGGAGAAUAAGUGCAACUGCUGCUUUAAAACACCCAUGGUUAUCAGACCACAAGCUCCACUGCAGGCUCCAGAAGAAAGUUAAAGGAGACUGUGAGUCCCAGGCACCUUCAGAUCCGUAAUCUCUGAAAGAGCUGCAAAACAGAAGAAAAGCUGCUGUGUGGUUACUGCUGCUAAGAGAUUGGAAAAUAUCAGCAGUCUUGGUGCUUUACCUCCCUGCCAUGACUGAGUCUUUUACUAAAUGGACCAACAGCACUUUCGCUGCAGGAUAAAUCCCAGAAUCUCUGAGCUGCUGCUUCUCUAUUCAGCUUUCGAAAGAAGGAGAGUAUUUUUCCAGUUUGAGAAGUUGUUUCUUCUGGAGCUCCAUGUUCUCCAUGUCCAAGAGUGCCAUAUUUGCUUGGUUUCAUAACAACGUUUUUUUUCUAUUUUGUCCUCCACUCUCAUUGAAUUAUCAAAAGCUCCUGAAGGUUCAAAUUACCAGGUUAAAUUGUCUGUUUCUCAUCAGUCAGAAGGCAGCUUGGCACUUUGUUAUUUGUGUAGGCAAGGCUGAUUUGACACUGGAAUCAAAUCAUAAAAAAAAUACACACACAAAAAAAAUAACCAAAAACAAAACAAAACAAAGUCAAUUUAAAGCUGCAUAAUGUAGAAGAUUUGAAGUUUGUUUUUCCUGUCACACUAAAAUGAGCUAAGGAUUCGCUCAACUGAAGUUAAAGCCAUGAUAAUUUAAUAUCAAUAAAAGUGAGAAUUGAGGCUUUCCUUGCAGACAGGUGAAUUUGUGACAACCACAAUACAUUUUAUGAUUUUUUAGCCUAGUGAAUUACUGUUCACUUUAAAUACACUUGGAUUAAUUCCAUGAGAAAGAAAAGAAGGCACUAUUCAGUCUUGCCCAAGCAGACUCUCUUCUCUGCUUUGCGAGUAUAACUCAGAGUUAUAUCAACAGAGAGUGAUUUUACACCAGCUACUUUACUUAUUGCUAAAAACUGAUUAAGACUACUGGCAAAGAAGAGAGUCAGUCUUCUGCUCAUUAUAACCUCUGUUUUUUCUAAAGAUUUCUCUCUUUAUCUUACUCCCAAGCCUUUCUAAGUAAGGAAAAAACUGGGAGUCAGAACGGCUGAAUUCUGAUACUGUUUGAAUAUGGUUCUUUAUUGAGAGAACCUGAGUCUUACUUGCUUAAGCUGUGAGGUUAGAAUAAUGAGACUUAUACCCUGCUGUAUAUGGCUUUCUGACUGCUUGGUUUCAGAACUACACACAUAGCAAAUAUUUUAUUCCAUGAUGCUGACAUAUUGCGGUGCCUUUAGUUUUUCUUUGAUUAAUCCAGUUCUGUUCAAACUACAGAUUACCAUAGUUAUCUCUAUAUAUUUAUCUAUAUAUUUCAUACAUGUUUAUAUUUAUGUCUUUUAUUAAAGGGGAUCAAUAUGAAGACAAAACCGAACAGCAUUAUUCAUUACCACCCAAUGAAUUAUUUUCAUACCUUUGUCCUUUCAAAAUAGCACUCACAUAUGAAAUAAAAGGGGCCCAUUAAUGGGACGUCGUGGCCAUGACAUUAUCUACAGCCAGUUCAAUCCAAUGUUUUAAAGCCACUGUGGUAGAUCUAUUAAGACCGCUUCUGUAAACCAAUAGGGCUUCUUACAGCUCUGAAAUCUGAGAAAUAUUGAUGUGUUGUAAUGGCUGUGAAUAGAUGAGAACCAUUACUACGAUCACACUGUGAUUUGCCAUGUAACUGUGAUACCACGUAGAGCACUGCCACCUUAAAAUCCUUAUCUGUAGUCUUAACUGAAGUAAGCUUUGACUAGCAGAAAUGAAAGUUUUUUCUGGGAAAGCAGCUUUUGAGCAGCAAGAAAACCAAAAUACAACCUUUAGGUAGAAACUAGGCUGCUUAUCUUUAGUCACCAUUCAUGCUUCCCUGUGCAAAAUAAAUAGAAAACCUACCUUUCUGUUAGGGCUGGAGUUCCCAUUCCUAUCUGACUACCUUCAAAAUACUGUUAGCUUUUUGUACAGCAAAAAAGUUAAUUAUCAGUCUCAAAUACAGCUGACUAACUCUGGAAUGACAAGAUCUCAUUGCAGACUUUCCUGCCAGUAUUAAAGGUUUGGGGUUUUGUUUUUCCUGUGGUGGACAUUUACAUGAGUAUGAAUAAAUUGCAUGGCAUUUUGAAUCUUAUUAAGUGUACUAAAACAACAGUGUGACGAUAGUCUUAUCUGCUUUGUUGCUCAGUUGAAUUAAGAGAAUUUAUCACUUGUGGACCUGUACAAGUGAGUUGUGAUUCAGAGCUUCAUGCCGUAAGGAUCAGCCCAUGUUAGAGUCCAACGUGCUGAGUUGGCCACUAAUACUCUGGAAGAUUAUUGAGGAACAUGGCCUCUGUUACACACAUCCACUGAGUUCAGCUGUACAGCUCUCUGUCAGAAAUACACAUGUGAAUUAUUAGGAAGGAUAGAAGACCUUGACAUAUUUCAACUGUUUUGAGAAGGAAGACCCUUUCAAAAGGCAAGAGUUGAGGGUGGGAUACUUCUCUACUUCCCUGCUUGUGCAACUGGGCAAGGUGCUAAAACAUUCAAGGGAUUUAUCUUUCAAUUUUACUAACAUGAAUAAUGAUGGUUGUAUUCUUGAGUCUUAUCUAUAAGCUGCCCAAUGUUUCAUCCUUGGAACAGCUCCUGUAGCAAAGGAUGAAUGGGACAGUUGGAAGAGGACUACUUGAGUGAGAGCCUGCAGUGAUUGAAGGCACUGUUUGGUUACUGGCACAAGCACAGGCCUGCAGGUGUCCAGCUGAGGGGAAAAGUCCUGAGCAUACUUCUUGCUACUGCCUCAAAGUCUCUAGAUUGGCAGCACUGAGAAAUGCCCAUUACUAAAACCAUUGUUGCUAUUAAGGAUACAAAAAAUUAUACUGCAUAAUUAUCACUAUAGCAGCGUGCCUGCAAUAAAUGCCUGUAGAUAUGCUUGUUCGUAUAUUUGCUGGCUGUUGCAAUUUUAGUAAAAUAAUACUUGACAAAGCUUCAUUUUACUGCCUUUCUAAUUUUGUCUCAUUGCACUUUGAGCAGCAUGCUGUUCUGUGUAUGUUGUUGUGUUCCUUAAAUACAUUUAAAAAUAACUGAACACUAUUAUAUUAAGUUAUUGUUUUGACACAGCAUUAUUUAUUUUCUACUAGGUAAAAGUCAGUUGGGUUCUAUUAAUUCAACAGCAUCUAUGGGAGUUUGCUUAUUGAUCAUUUAUGUUGCAUGUUGGUUUAAGAUACUUUAUGUGGAAACUGUGACUUACUGUGCUUGAGAGCUGGAAGCGUGAAAGGCUCUUCAUUAGCUGUGGUUACUCCAUUUAGCCUUAUUUCCACAGACAGUCAGAGGUGGCUGCAGGUACUACAAGAGUUACCAUGGAACAGAAUGAUAUAGCAACAUCAUUGGUAGUAGCAGGGAUAAAGCAUCAUGAUUGACUUAGGAAAGGAGAAUUUCAUUUGCCUGACAUAUUUAAGAAUUAGGAUGCUGUUAUUCCUACUUAUGUACAUACAGCAGAGAGACUCAGCUAGAUAAAAUCUCAGUUUUACCCAGGAUACACUGGAGUAGUCUAACAUUAGCAUCAGAGUUACUAACAAGUCUAUUUGAUUCAAGAUGGAUGCUGCUGGCUUUCCAACUCUUUUUACACAGUGAACGAGAAGGCUAUGAAACUGAUAAAAACAUAUACAACAGAAAUACUUCCCUACUAUCAAAUCCAUAUUUGUGAGAACCUCAAGCCAGUCACUCCUGAGUACCCUCAUAGAGUAUGCAGUUGGCAACCUGUGAAAUCUGGUCUGGAAAUAACAGAAGCUACUUCUUAAUUUCUUUCUUUUGUUCCUUCCAAUGUCAGAAUCUGAAUGAAGUUAAAGCCUAAGCUAAGCUCUUCCAUAACUUGAUUCCUACCAGUAAUAACAGUGUAGCUCUACAGAAUUAAAUAAGGAAAAUUUUUGGUCCACAUUUUGAGAUACAAGUAGCACAGGAGCUCAGUUUAAUCUUCCAUCCUCACAGGAAAAAAAA